CAUCACGCUAAACCCUCAUUAACGGCCCAAUAUUAGCCUCACCAAAAAAUAUUUAUUCUAAUCAGCCCCCACACUUUCCAAAUCCGACACAAACAGCACUCAAAUUUUCACCGUAGUGAAUCCUUCUUUCAUCAAUGGCCGGUUUCCUUCUAAAUCACGAUUCUUGUCCUGUGAUAAAGAACAUACUUCUUUUGGAUUCGGAAGGGAAGCGUGUAGCUGUUAAAUACUAUUCUGAUGACUGGCCGACUAACAGCGCCAAGCUUGCCUUUGAGAAGUCCAUUUUCACCAAGACUCAAAAGACAAAUGCUCGGACCGAAGCUGAAAUAACAAUGUUUGAGAACAACAUUAUUGUUUACAAGUUUGUGCAAGACCUCCACUUCUUUGUCACUGGAGGUGAUGAGGAAAAUGAACUAGUUCUAGCCACUGUACUUCAGGGUUUCUUUGAUGCAGUUACCCUUCUCCUAAGGAAUAACGUUGACCAGAGGGAGGCACUUGAGAACUUAGAUCUUAUUCUUUUAUGCCUUGAUGAGAUUGUGGAUGGAGGGAUGGUGCUAGAAACUGAUGGUAAUGUUAUUGCUGGAAAAGUCUCCAGUCAUAACAUGGAUGAUGGAGCACCCUUGUCCGAACAGACUAUUACUCAAGCUUUGGCAACAGCGCGCGAACAUUUGACAAGAUCACUUCUCAGAUGAAUUUUCUUCGAAUUUGCUAGAGCAAUUAUUUUUGACGUAAUUCUUUGUGAUUCUAUUUUGUAGUUAUUUUUCUUUAUGAUGGUGAUGUUGCGUAUCAGUAGAGUCGUUCAUUUUAAACCAUUUCAAAAUGUUCUACUGCCUGUACUAGAGUAAGUGGAGGCCAGCCAUUAUGCAAUUUGGAUCGACAUA